GUCGCCUCAGGCCACCACCGGUCACCGGGGGCCACCGCACCUCUUUUUUUUUGCCGUCUUCCUCGCCCCCUCCUCUUCCUCUCUCAAUUUCUUUCCAACCUCUAAACCUCUUCAAUAACAAUCUUUUGGAGCCUCUUCAGCUUCGUGCUGUAGGCGUUUAUUCUCCUACCUUGUCACGGGGGCAACCUUUGUCACUCUCGUCCUCCGUGUACAUUACAAUUAGUUACCGCACAUGACUCCACAAUCUGCUUCACCUGUACCUUCCGCAGUCUCCUCCGCCGCAGCGUCACAGAUAUCGUACGAUCCUCGAGAUGGAGAGCCCUCGGUAACACGCGCUCUUGCGGGCAUGAAUCUGUCCGCAGCGAACGGGGAUGUUCUCCCCACGCCUCCUCCGCCUGCGAAAACUGCCAGGCCGACUAUGGCAAAUCGCAUCUCUCGUAUGUUUUCCAACACAGGGAAGACAACUUCAAGGGAGCCGGAUACCCACCGUGACUUUUCAGACAGCAGCACAGACAGCGUAAAGCCACCUAGUAAUGGCAGCGGGAGGCAGUCUAAGCCUACUUCUAGGCCUUCUUCCAGAGCUCCAUCGCGACAGACUUCUACGAAGGAGGAUAACGAGAGAAAGCCAAAGUCUAGCAGUGGAAAGGAUCAAAGAGAAUCAUCUGCAGCAGCACACAAGCGGUUCGAAGCAUUGCCAGACCACGCCCACUGCCAUCACCUUAAGAGUACACGGCGGCAGGAAAAAUUGACAGACCUCCUUCGGGACAUGCUUGGCGGCGGCAGGAAGAAAGACGAUCAUGUCGAUGAUCAGCAGCUAUCACUCAUGUCGACAUGGAUUGACCAGUUCAAGAAUGAACGCGACAAGCUAGCCGCCGAUAAAAAGGGUGGUCCCAACGCUACGGCUUCGUUAGUCGAUAAAUAUGGUAAAUGCCAGGAGAUCGUCGGACGGGGCGCAUUCGGCAUCGUUCGAAUCUCUCACAAAGUCGAUCCCAAAGAUUCCAGGGUCGAACAACUAUAUGCUGUCAAAGAAUUUCGCCGUCGUCCUCAAGAGACCAGCAAGAAAUACCAAAAACGUCUAACCUCCGAGUUUUGUAUAUCCUCGUCGCUUCGCCAUCCGAAUGUCAUCCACACCCUCGACCUCUUGCAGGAUGCUAAGGGCGAUUAUUGCGAAGUAAUGGAAUAUUGUGCCGGUGGCGAUCUCUACACCCUUGUGCUGGCCGCAGGAAAACUGGAAGUUGCCGAGGCCGAUUGCUUCUUCAAGCAGCUCAUGCGUGGUGUUGAAUACAUGCACGAAAUGGGCGUGGCUCAUCGUGAUCUUAAGCCAGAAAAUCUGUUGUUGACUACUCAUGGUGCGCUCAAAAUUACCGAUUUCGGAAAUGGGGAGUGUUUCCGCAUGGCUUGGGAAAAGGAAGCACACAUGACAGCAGGACUUUGCGGCUCCGCUCCAUAUAUAGCUCCUGAGGAAUAUAUCGAAAGGGAAUUUGAUCCGAGGGCAGUCGAUCUGUGGGCCACUGGUGUAAUCUAUAUGGCAAUGAGGACAGGGCGUCAUCUAUGGAGGGUAGCCCGCAAAGACGAAGAUGAAUUCUACCAAAGAUACUUGGAGGGUCGAAAGCAUGAAGAUGGUUACGCUCCCAUUGAGACUCUGCAUCGGGCUCGUUGUCGGAACGUGAUUUAUUCCAUCCUUGAUCCAAACCCUUCUCGUCGUAUCAACGCCUCGCAGGUCCUCAAAUCCGAAUGGGUUCGCGAGAUCAAAUUGUGCAAGGCUGGCGAGGAGGGAUUCUGAUCUAGUCAGUGUGUCUUGCCCUUGAGGCUUUGAUUUUCGCAGAUAGUGUAUCCCUAGGGGGCAGAGCCUGGGCGGAUUUUGAACAUUGGCCUGGACUCUGUCCCUCUCGUGGUAGUCUGCCUCUGUAUGCCUAGUUUUGUGAU